AUGGCCGACGCAGCAACUCCUCAGUGUGGUGGGGGUAACGAGUUCGACGGCCGCAUUGGACUGAGGAUCGGAGCCAUCUUCAUCAUUUUGGCGACUUCUACGUUUGGUACCUUCUUCCCUCUCGUCGCCAAGCGCUUUCCCAGCCUUCGCAUCCCGAACUUCAUCUUCGAAUUCGCAAAAUAUUUCGGGUCAGGUGUCAUCGUCGCAACAGCAUUCAUCCACCUACUCACGCCUGCGUUCGAGGAGCUCGGUGAUGAGUGUCUUCCCUCGGCGUGGCAGCAGUAUCCUUACGCCGCGGCAUUCGCCAUGAUUUCUAUGUUCGGCGUCUUCUUUGUCGAGUUGUUCGCGUUGCGUUAUGCCGACAUUGCUUGCGAGAAGCCGAUCACGGAUGGCCACAGCCACCCUCAUGUUCACGAGCACGGACAGGACCAUGGACACUCCCACUCGCACUCGCACACUCCCAUCCCCCUUGGUGACACGAGCGCACACUUCCAUCACGCUCUCGAGCACGACCACCACCACCACCACCAAGGCGACGCCAUCUUGCCCGCAGCGCUCGACCCCUCUACUGGCCCUAUCGACCCCGUCGAUGCCGAGAAAGCCGCACAAAAAGACUACGAGGCACAGCCCGUAUGGAGGGAAAGCGACUCUACCGCGACCACCGUCUCUCCCUUCGACGCUCAACUGCUCGGUGUCCUCAUCCUCGAAUUCGGUGUCAUCUUCCACUCCGCAGUGAUCGGUCUCACUUUGGCCGUCACUGGGGCCGAGUUCGUCACCUUGUUCGUCGUCAUCGUCUUCCACCAGACGUUCGAGGGUCUCGGUUUGGGCGCUCGUCUCGCCAGUGUGUCUUGGCCUCACAAGUCUCUCCGACCAUGGUUCUUGGCCGCGGGAUACGCCAUUACCACACCCAUCGCCAUCGCUGUCGGAUUGGGUGUCCGUAAAACUUACGACCCGAACUCUCAAACCGCGUUGCUUGUGUCCGGAAUUUUGGACUCGACUGCUGCUGGUAUCUUACUUUACACUGGCUUGGUAGAGUUGCUCGCGCACGAGUUCUUGUUUGACCCCGUGACGAGGGGAAUGGAGCUCAAGAAGUUGUUGUACUGCAUCACUUGUGUUAUCUGUGGUGCUGCUUUGAUGGCGUUGCUUGGAAGAUGGGCAUAA